UUUGUCUCAAGAGUGAAACAAGACUCCAAGGAAGAGAGAUUGACGCAUCGGGAGCGAAGAACAGAAACGAUGGAUGGUUACGCUGCUUGGGUCUCGGCACGUUCGAAUUGGCAAAGUUCCGAAUUUGUCGCUGUGUUUUGUACGCUUGUGCGCUCGUCAUUUGCCGUCAUCGCGCGGAGAUAUUUGCGCUGGAUGUCUUUCACUUCGUGUACAAAACUCUGCACGCUGCGGCAUCGAAGAAGUUGUCCUGUGUUUGGGUGCACGUAUGCGCUUGGACACGGAUAUAUCCUGCUUGCUCUCAACGGGUGUUCAACAGUCUACGCGCACUCGUAACUUGCUCAUGAGGCAAGUUGCUGUUGUGCUGGAGCUGAGAAGAGGUCUGCUGCCUGCAAUGGGACCAUCUCUCUCAAGUUAUCGCAGUAUUGUAGCUCUCAAAGUUCAAAAAAGUAUGGUGGAAGCUGUUUCCAAGGUUCCGACCAGAAAAGACAGCCAGUAUAAAAGGGUCCACACCACUGAUCUCUACUACAGGGCAUGGACAGCACACCGAGCACCCUCGACUGAAGCCAACCUUGUCCCGGAAGUUGGUGCUUCACAACUUUGCGGCAGCACUUCGUUUGCACGGCAGCAAGUUUAUCCUUGCAAGCAUUUUGGGUCAAGAACAACUUUCACCAGGAAGAAGUGCAAGACGAGUGAUUGAAGAAAAUAAAGUUGCUUCUGUGAUCUAAGAACUUGAGGACUGAAAUGUUGCACCUUUGUGUAUAUAUGCUAUGCAGUGCAUUCAUAUCACAAAGUGCAAAGUGUUUUAUCUCUGCAGCCAUGUCAGUGUGUUGGCAAGACAAUUUUCUCAAUGGUGACCUGCUGCUUUGUCUAUGAGCUGCCUUCAUGACAUUUGCAUUAAAGGCGAUGUACUAUCGUGGACAAAAGUACCCUGGAAGUGCGAGCGUUGACCAAAUUGCAUUUCUGUUCAAGACCGCUGAAAACAGUGGGUCACG